AUGGACGAUCCAGCCUGGCCUCCUGGAACUGUCCGACUUGAGAGGCUCCACGGAGAAAAUGCUGCAGAUAUCAUCCUGCAGCCCCGACCGACCAGCGACCCGAACGAUCCGCUGAACUGGCAGAAGUGGAGGAAAUACCUGAACUUUGGCCUGGCGACGUUCUACGCCGUCAUGGCUUUCGCUCAGAUCAAUGCCACCACCCCGACCUGGGGCCCGAUGGAGGAUGAGCUGGGCUUUGAUGCCGUGCUAAUGAACAACACAUACGCCAUUGGCUGCGCGACGCUCGCCCUCGGAAGCUUUAUGCUGAUCCCCUUUGCGCUGAAGUACGGACUGCGGCCCAUCUACAUCCUCAGCAGCGCCGCACAGAUGGCCAUCAUGAUCUGGGCGGCACGGACAGAGACCGCCGGCGACUGGUGGGGUGUCAACGCCCUGCAGUGCUGGGUGGGGUCGCUAGCCGAGACCAUGGUCCAGAUGACAGUUGCCGAUGUCUUCUUCGUCCACCAGCGAGGCCUGAUGAACUCCAUAUACAUCUGGGCGUCCAACUUUGGAAGCUCCCUGGCGCCCGUCGCCGCCGGCUUCGUUACCACCUCGCAGGGCUGGCGGUGGGUAUGGUGGUACAUGACCAUUUUCUUUGGGCUCGUCCUCAUCGCAUUCGUCUUUGGGUUCGAAGAGUCCAAGUUUGAUUGGUCCAAGGCGGCCCUCGUGGGGAGGCCGGUCCCGGCUGCGGCAGUAGAGACGGCCUCAAACGUCGGUUCCAACAACGGCGAUGACGUGGUGGAGGAGAAGAAAAGGCCGCAGUCAUCCGAUCCAGAGAAGCAGGCCCAGGCGGUGCUGUCGCCGCAGGACAGCGCCACGUCGGCUACAGCCAUCGAGAUUGACCCAACGAUCCCCCGCAAGACGUACUUUCGGAUGCUGAGCCUGGCGACAACGACCCCAGGGCCCUUUAUGCUCUUCGCACGGCACGCAUAUCAGCCCUUUGAGAUCCUGGUGACCAUCCCCGGCGUGGCAUACAUGUCCCUGGUGUACGCGGUGCUGUUGGCAUGGUCGACGGUCAUGUCGGCAGCGCUGAGCACGUACAUGAUCGAGGAGCCGUACGACUUCAACUCGACCCAGAUUGGCCUGAUGAACCUAGCCCCUUUUAUCGGCAACACGCUCGGGUCGCUCAUCUGCGGUCCCCUGAGCGACUGGAUCAUCCUGCGACUGGCCAAGAGGAAGGACGGCAUCUACGAGCCCGAGAUGCGCCUCUGGAUCUUUGUUCCCUUUAUCCCCUUCCAGGUCGCGGGGGCGUUCUGGUUCGGAUACGCCCUGCAGGGUGGACAAUCGUGGGUUGCGGUGGCAUGGGCCUGGGGUAUCUGCAGCUUCGGCUCCGCGCCCAUCUCCUCCAUCGCCCUGACAUACAUGACAGAUGCGUACAACGAGAUCAUUGGCGACGCCCUGGUGGCACUCACCUUCUCGCGAAACACGCUGAGCACCGUCUUCGUCUUCGCCAUGACGCCGUGGAUCAGCGCGGUGGGCAUCUCCAACGUGUUCAACACCAUCGGCGCCAUCGGGCUGGCCGUGUUGCUCUUUGCGUUUGCCUUCAUCUGGAAGGGCAAGGUCUGGCGGUACAAGAGCGCAGGACGAUACAGGUACUUUGCAGCAAGGCAGUUCGACCCGAGGCCCAUUGACAACAAGCAGCACUAG